CUGGAGCAGCACUGUGUCAAGUUCCACCCACUAAUUACUGUUUAGGUGAACUUCGCCCGGUAACCCAGUUUUGUCCGAACUGCAUGCUGUCACAGUUCACAUUUUAAAAACUCUCCUUGCUUUUACUUUUCCUACUGCGACAACACGAACUUAUUGGACUGGCUCUUUCCAAAGCUAAUUCAAGGCUGUUAGUACUCCGUUUCCUGAGGUCACAGAUGGUUGCUAUGCUGCGUUGCUGUUGCCGUGGAGGCGGAGUGCAGCCUGUCGGGACGGUCGGUUGAAGAUAGAGGACGUAACUGUCACAUGCUGGAGGAGAGUAGCGAAGUUUAUCUGCGGGAUGAGGAUCUGAAUGGAAGAAAUUCAUGAGUAAAAUGGAUAGUGCUUGUUAAAAAAAUAUAGCGAAAAAAGUUUUCGGUGUCUUAAAGAUAACAGAUCUCAAAGUUGUCGUGCGCGCGGACGUGCCUUUGGAACUGGAGCGCGAGCUGUCGUUUAACCGUACUGCCGCAGUUGUUGGAAGAGACGUUAAUUAAACGUAGACACCAAGAUCAGCAACUUCGACUUACGAUAUUUAAUAGCAAACUUCGCACGACAAUUGAACUAUCGGUUCCCCGCGACUGACGAGGACCUACGGAGAAGAUCAAAUCAGCAUGGUUACCACAAAGGGAGCGGGCCUGAACCCCAAUGCCAAAGUGUGGCAGGAGAUUCCUGCCCAACAGAGUGAGAGUCCCGGGGAGAUGGACAAUGCUCCAUGGCUCAAUACCUGCCCUCCUCCUGCUGAAAUGACCGAAGAUUACUCAGAUGUUCCCUCUUCAGGAGGUAAAGGAUACUACAGUGAAAACGUGGACAGCAUUGCUGAGUAUACCCCUGUGAAUGACAUCAGUCCGUCUGACCAGGGGUAUUUAGGCUUUGACCCACAGUGCGAAUCCGCCAUAGAUAAUGCAUCUGAGGUGCAGGCGAUGUCCGAAGAGAGUUUGAGACAGUCUUUAAAGGAACGUCUCGAGUUCUUCUUUUCUAGAGAGAAUCUUUCAAAGGACCUCUACUUGAUAUCCCAGAUGGAUGGUGAUCAGUUUGUUCCCAUUUGGACACUUGCUUGUAUGGAGAACAUUAAAGCUCUUACCACUGACAUGGACCUCAUUCUGGAUGUACUGCGAGCCUCCCCCAUGGUGCAAGUUGAUGAAACUGGGAAGAAGGUUCGACCAAACCACAGUCGCUGCAUCAUUAUUCUAAGAGAAGUGCCGGAGACAACCCCAGUUGAGGAAGUAGAGGCUCUUUUUAAGAGUGAACACUGCCCGAAACUGUUAAGUGUUGAGUUUGCGCACAACAGCAACUGGUACAUAACUUUUCAGUCAGACAUGGAUGCACUACAGGCUUACAGAUACCUAAGAGAGGAAGUUAAAAUGUUCCAAGGGAAACCAAUCAUGGCCCGCAUUAAGGCCAUUAAUACAUUCUUUGGCAAGAAUGGCUUCUGUAGCGUCCAGGAUUCAGGUGUGUACAGUCAACAUGCUCCACUGCAGGCCCCAUAUGACUCAAGUGCUCCAGUGUACAUGCAGUCGAUGUACAGCCCUCAGCAGCAAUACCCUGUUUAUCCUAUUGUGUCUCCCUCCUGGAAUCCUCAGCCAUCAAACAUGCCUUAUUUCGAAACACCGCUGGCACCUUUCCCCAACAGUGGAUAUAUGAAUGGUUACAGCAGUUCCGGGAACUACAAAGCUAACUCAAGCUCCGUCAACACACAUGCUGCUAUGACCAGGAACCGAAAUCAUUUAAAAGGUCAUCCCAGGCCUGGAGAUGUGCACUCUUCUUUUGCUCCAAGGAACCGGUUGGAUGGUGUGUCUGGUCCACAGGUCCUGCAAACACAACAGCUGAUCUCUCUGGCCUCCUUCAACCUUAAAGAUGUGAGCGGGUCUGGACGGGGCAGAAGAGGCCCCAAUAGAAGCACAAGGAGAAAAAGGGAAGAUGAGCAGGCAACGAAGCCCGUCCCUGUACCGGAGGCCAAGGCAUCGCAUCCAAAGUUUGACCUGGCAGCCACCAAUUUUCCACCUCUGCCAGGAUCUGUGGUCAGUAUGCAGGAGGAAAGUGUCCCUGAGAUGCGCCUUUCUGAUAUUGUGCGUGGCCUGAAGGUGACAAACAAGUCUGUCUGCAAAGAUGUUCCCACAAACAUCGCAGAAGGUCCUGUAAACAAACCUGAUCCUGUAAUUCCACCUAAACCUGCUGUUGUGUCCACACAAACAACCACUCCACCAGUCUCAAGUGAUUCUCUUGUAGUAAAGGAAGAGGAUAAAACUGAAGCUCCUGUAACAAAGGAAAAUGUCUCCUCAUCCGCACAAGCUCACACACAAUCACCUUCAGAACAUGCUCCCUCCACCUGCAGCCAGGCUCUUUCUACCGAAACAUCUUCAUUGCCUCCCACAUCUCCAACAUCAGAACCAGGUCUAAAAAAGCUCAGUUAUGCAGAGGUGUGCCAGAAGCUGGCCAAAGAACCGCUGCCAGCACAGUUGCCCUCUCCCUCCACUCCCACCUCUUCAGACAGCCAACCCCUGCAAGAGCUCAAGGUAAACAGGGUGGAGGAGCCUCGUCCCAAUGGCCGACAAACUGCAGAGAAACGUGGAGAUAAACGGCCUCCUCGGCAACCACUGCGCUCCUUCAGAGGGGGAAGUGGCCAAGCCAGAGUCCGAGAGCCAGGGCAGAAGAUUCGGGAACAUCAGAAGGGCCUGAACACUGGGAAACGAUUUUCACCACAGCGGGCAGCCAGACGCAGUGGCAAAGAACAGAAUAUCCCUCCAAGUUCACCAAAGUAACCAAAGGGUGGGGAAAAAUGAACUGAAAACAGAAAAGAAUAUAUGUACAUAUGUAAUAUAUAAAGACAGAUGCCUAUAUUUCA